AUGGCGCGCUUUCAGCAAGAGGCGCACUGGCGCAUGUGCAAGCAGCUCGCUAGCUGCGCGAGCACAAGGCCAGAGAAUAUCUUACAAAGCCCGUUUCCACCUGUUCGGCUCUUUGCUGAAGGUCUCCUUAUAAAUUCAUACGUCCUCAUGCUGUAUCCACAAGCAAUGAUACACACACAAACAUCAUCUGGGUUCGAGAUGUCGUGGCCCUUUGUAAGCCUCUCUAAGCGGCGUGCUUCCAUUGUGCGCAGCGUGCCGCCGGCCGACCUGCUGCUGCGCCUGGGCGAGCACGACCUGUCGAGCGAGGACGAGCCCUUCGGCCACGAGGAGCGGCGCGUGCAGAUCGUGGCGUCGCACCCGCAGUUCGACGCGCGCACCUUCGAGUUCGACCUGGCCCUGCUGCGCUUCAACCGGCCCGUCGCCUUCCGCCCCAACAUCGUGCCCGUGUGCGUGCCCGAGGACGACCGCUCCUUCGUGGGCGAGACAGCGCACGUCACCGGCUGGGGCCGCCUGUACGAGGAUGGGCCUCUACCCAGUGUUCUUCAGGAAGUGUCAGUGCCAGUAUUAAACAACAGUGCAUGUGAAGCUAUGUACAGACAAGCCGGCUAUGUUGAACACAUUCCACACAUAUUUAUUUGUGCUGGUUGGCGCAAGGGAGGAUUUGAUUCUUGUGAGGGCGACAGCGGCGGGCCCAUGGUGAUCCAGCGCGACGACCGCCGCUGGCUGCUGGCCGGCGUCAUCUCGUGGGGCAUCGGCUGCGCGGAGCCCAACCAGCCGGGCGUGUACACGCGGGUGUCGCAGUUCCGCGACUGGAUCAACCAGAUCCUGCAGUUCUAGCGGCCUCGCCCUCGCCCGGGCCUUCGCCGCCGGGCCCCGCGCGCACCGCCGCGAAGGGGGGCGUGGUCGCCGCCGCCGCCAAACGCCUUUCGCCCAGCGCCCAGAGGCAGGCGGCCUUUUCGCCCCGCCCACACCUCCGUCGGCCGCGCGACCUUUCGGGAUCGCCUCGACAGACCCGGAUGGCAACGCUCGAGUCGUCGACCUCAAGGCAGGCGCUCUUCAAAGGGCGUACACCGCUCUUCCUAUGCUCCUGGACCUCCACGUUGCUUUAAUGAAUGUGUGUAUGUGUGUGUGCGUGUGCUUGUGUUUGUGUGAUCGGAGGUUUACACGCAACUCCUCAGCUGGGCUCGGCCAGGAGACUGCAGUCAAACUGUGUCUUCCUGACAGUCGUGUCUUCAGGCAUCCACGUCUUUGCGGCGAAGCGUGAGGUCUCUUUAGCGAAUCGAUUGAGGACAAUGUGUGUAGAAGUAGCUUCUUAAACCGUUUUGCUGCGAGAAGUAGCACUCGAGUUUUGUGAAAUAUUUGUAUAGUCUACGAACCAGGACGUUUAGUAAGAAUUUGAAAACACCGUCU